AUGGACUGGCUUAAAGAUGGCACAAAACGAAUUACAACGCCGCUGUCACAUCCAUUGCCGGGCGUUCAGCCUGAACGCCCAGGUCUGCCGCCCUUGACACCGCCUCCGACCCAAAUUACUGUAUUGGAUAAUGGUGUCCGGAUAAUCAGCGAAGCGUCUCCUGGGCCAACAGCAAGCCUGGGCAUGUACGUCAACUCGGGCAGCAUCUACGAGACGGCAGAAAACUCAGGUUGUAGCGCAUUGUUGGAGUGUCUGGGCUUCAAGGCCACCCUUCACAGGCCAACACUGAGGAUUAUGAAGGAGGUUGAGAAGUUCGGAAACACGAUUGUAGCCAACGCCUCUAGGGAGCAGAUGUCAUACACCAUUGACUGCCUUAAGACCGGCUUCCCAGCCGCGUUGGAGCUUUUACUGGACUGCGUUCUCAAUCCGGCAUUUGAGGCUCAGGAGGUCGAGGAUCAAAAGAUGCGGCUGGCGAUGCUGCUGGGCGGCAAGGAUAUUCACGCCACGCUCAUGACGGAGCUCCUCACCCGCGCGGCCUAUCAGGGUCCGUACGGCAACCCCCUGAUUCCGGAGCCCGAAUCCAUGGCCCGCAUCACGCCCGACGUGCUCCGGUCCUUUGUCGCCCGGCACUUCAUCGCCCCGCAUCUGGUGCUUGCGGCCGCCGGGGUGGAUCACGGGGAGUUGGUGGAGCUGGCGAAACCCAUGCUGCAGGGACUGCCCGGGGCUACACCCCUGGCGGAACCCAAGCCCGAGUAUUCCAAUUUGCUGCUGGCCUUUGAGUACCGGGGCGGCUGGCGUGAUGUUCACGGCGCGGUGGUGAUGACGGUGCUGAACUACCUGCUAGGGGGGGGGAACUCCUUCUCGUCGGGGGGCCCGGGCAAGGGCAUGCACAGCCGCCUCUACACGCGGGUACUUAACAAGUACGGCUUCGUACACUCGUGCGCGUCGUUCAACUCCACGUUCAACGGGAGUGGUCUCGUGGGGAUACAGCACUGGAUUACUUUACGUAGCGGCACCAACCGUGUGGAGCUGGAGCGGGCCAAGCGGUCCGCAGUGUCCGUCAUCUGCAAUGCACUGGAGUCCAAGGCGACCAGCGCAGAGGACAUCGGCCGCCAGUACCUUACGUACGGCCGCAGGAUAAGCGGCCGCACCUACGUCGAGAUGCUGGAGGCGGUGACGCAGGACGACAUACGGCAAUUUGUACGGCGAUUGCUUUCCUCCAAACCGUCCCUUGCGGCGUACGGCGAUCGUACGGAGACCAUCGACCCACGGGCUAGUCCUGACGUGGAUGAGGUGAUACAAAAAUUUCGUGGAAGCCACACUUCGAGAGAAUUUCCGUUUGUCAAUUGA